AUGGCUUGUAUUAAACGUGUUCCUUUCUACUUUCAGUUAAAUGUUCAAGUCAAAAAAGAAGUUUUGCCUGACGAAUACUCAGCUAAUCAAGAAAAUAUGGAAUUUGAGAAGUCAAAAAAUAAAAGUAAUAAUGUUUUAAUCCAGGAGAAAACAGAAGCAUCUCGUCGCAGCAAUCGAAAACGGAAACAAAGCAAAUUUAAUAUGAAUGAAAAAGAUCUAGAAGAAGAAAAAUCGCCUGAACCACGUAAACGUGCUUGGUAUGCAAGCAACAUUUUCCUUCCAAAUAUAGAUAACGAUAAUUCAUCUUACAUAACAAAAAGUAAGACAGAACAAAUUAAUCCGUUUUGCAUAGAAGUAGAUGUAGAAGAAGAAUCAGACACACAUGAUUGGUUUAAAAGCAAUGUAUUCUCUAGAACGGCAGAUAACAAUUCACCAUCUACAACAAGAAUGGCAACAGGACAAAUCGAUCCAAUUGGGUUCAAAAUAAAAAAAGAGCAAAUUGAGCAAGAAACAUGCCUAAUAGGAAAGGAUGCAAAUGCGAAUGGAAUAAACAAUUUGGAUUGGAGAAAUAAAAAUAAAUUACUCCAUCAAGUUAAAGAGAGUUUCCCAGUCGCUCAUCAGAUUAAAAAAGAGUUGAUUGAAGAUUUCAGUGAUCAAGUUUCUGAGACUACGAAUGUUAAUGAAAUGAGAAAAAAAAUUAAAAUAUCUCCUCGAUUGCAAGAAAAAUAUCGGCUGGAUUAUAAAAUUAGGAAAGAAUCAGCAGAACAAGAAGAAGAUGAUAUUGAAAUUUUAUUCGAGACUUCUUAUAAAAAUAUAGCUGUUUCUAAUUGGAAUGACCGCGUCAAUCAUGUCAGUCCCAAAUCCCAUAGAAUCCGGAAACCUAAAACUCGCACUGAAGAAAAGAAAGUCUUAAGAAAGGAUGAUCUUUUGAAUGUAAAUGGCAUUCCAAAGUUUCCAGAAGAAGAAGAUGUUUAUUAUGAUAAGUGUCUACUGGAGAAGAAUGACCUAGAAUGGAUUAACAAGGAUGAAGGACUUGGAAGCUCCGGCAGUGAGGGAAACAUCCCAGAUGCCAAGACGAUCUAA